UUACAGCUUUGACAUACUAUCUAAAGGUUGUAGGGCAGGCGGAAUCCCCCCCAAAACAGGCUGACCCUCCUCCAUCAGUGGCAGAUGGACAAUACUAGGAUGAACUCCUUCUUAGAGUAUGCAAUUUGUAACCGUGGGACGGGCGCCUACCACCAUUUAGAGCAAAGCUCCCCUUCCUUCCCCUCUUGCUCAGGUAGCCCCGCCAGUGACAGUUUUAACGGAGACGGGCGCUUUGGCGUGGGAGGGAGCGCGGCCGCCCACCUCCCCCAGCAGAACCCCGGCUUCCACCCUCCCUCCUCCGGCCGCCCCAUCCCCUUCGCGGGCGCUGCCCCCGCCGCCGGGUACCCAGCCCAAACGUGCAGCCCCGGCUACGGGCACCACCAGCUCUACCUCGGCCAGCAGGACGCGGACGGUGGGUACUUCCAAGCGGGCGGGUACCCGGCCACCGCCGGAUCCAGCCUCGGCUCCUUAGCAGAGAGCUACUGCGGGGCGGUGGCGGCCGCUGGGCAGUACCAGCAACACCACCUUUACGGGCAGGAGCAGCCCAGCUACUUGCCCGGCGUUUACAGCAACCUCUCGCCUUCUUUAAACGAGGACAAAGACCCUGCUUGCCCCUCCGAGCCGUGCCCCAACGCCAGCGCCACGCAGACCUUCGACUGGAUGAGAGUGAAGAGGAACCCGCCCAAGACAGCUAAAGUGUCGGAGUACGGACUGCUGGGCCAGCCCAACGCCAUCCGCACCAACUUCACCACCAAGCAGCUGACAGAGCUGGAAAAGGAGUUUCACUUUAACAAGUACCUCACCCGGGCCCGCAGGGUGGAGAUCGCCGCUACCCUGGAGCUCAACGAAACCCAGGUCAAGAUCUGGUUCCAGAACAGGAGGAUGAAGCAGAAGAAGAGGGAAAAGGAAGGUCUCGCCCCAGCUGCUGCCUCCAGGUCUGCGAAGGAAGCGAGCGAAGCCUCGGAUCAGUCCAACUGCACCUCACCUGAAGCCUCCCCCAGCUCGGGGUCCUCCUGAAACGCGUCCCCGCGGGGGCCUAGGGGUCAGCCCGGGGCUGCCCUGGGGGGGCAGCUGCUCCCCGCAAACCCAGCAGACACACAGCCACGAACACGCACCUCCCACGCACAGCCCCGACCGCACACAUGCGGGGGAAGCAAGGCCACGCUUCCUUCUGAGCAGUCCCUCCUGGCUCCGGCUGUCUCCACGAGUGUUGUACCAGCUCUCCCGCUUGCAUUUCUCUCUCUUAAUUUAUAGAUCCUCUCUGAAACACUGGACUCCGAAGGAGCAGCCGUGUCCCCCUACAUCCUUAGCAAUAGGCGUUUGGCUCAGGGACUUUCCCCCCCUCCCUCCCCUAUAGGAACUGCACUUUCAACCACAGAAACUUUAAAACGAAUUUAGUUCUCCCCCGUUUUAAAAACGUGCACAACGACUUUUGCCUGCAAGAAUCCUACGACCGAUGUAUUUUUUCCUCCCCGCGAGAUUGUAAAAAAGUUUUGGGGUAUUUUUUUUUGUUCCCCUUUUAUUUACUGUAUGUAUAUCUUGGCUCGAGAUCUGAGGCCCGCAGGGUGCCGGAGGCCUCUCUCUGCAAAGACCCAAACAAACACCAAAAGAAAAUGCAACUCCUCCGCUCCCGUUUUUGCACUAUUUCUGCUUUACAGGGUUUUUUGGGUUUGGGUUUUUGGUUUUUUUUUUUUACCUCUGCGACUGAGCCUGGGGGAGGGCGGGUUGUGCUACCAGAGAAAACGAGAUGAAGCGGAGGCUGACAUCGGGGUGCUUUGGGCAACGGUCGCUGUCGUGGGAGGUGGACGGGAACAAGGCUGCGGGGGGGCUGCGGGGCUUGGCCCCCCCGGCACUGAUGCACUGGCUGCUAUUUAUUGUGCGUCUCGACAGCCUGAAGUCGUGGAGAGAAGUAGCAUGGUUCCUUGUACCCUCACCCUCUUAGGCUUGUCGGAGUCCGAUAAAACCAUUAUUUAACCAUGGCUAAAUUGUUUCCCUUCCCCACGAGAAACUUUAGGGUAGGACGAACCGAAACCCACGGCAGCUUUUGUUAAAGAUUGUUUUAAAGGGACAUCGACGAAAACUAGCGGUUUCUUAAUCGGAAUCUCCCGUUUCCCUUCCACUCCCUUCCCCGUGCUCUGUAUCUCGACAUGAAACUACCUCAGUCUAAUAAAGUUUACUUUUUCCACACGCAA